UAGUACAAUUUGUUUUCAAGGUGUUGAAGUCGUUCUAAAGCUACAACUGUUGAGACUAAUAAGAAAGUACACAUCUAGAACAGACUAUUGUGUUGUAGCACAGGGUAGGAAUUAGGGACAUCUGUCAAACCUUUAACUUUUAAGACUAAUAAGAAAAAUCACAUUGACCAUCCAAAUUUUCCUCUAAUCUUAUGAUGCUUAUGGUACAGGGCUUAGGCAUGCUGGUCAAAUUUCUAAAACUUGGUCCAUCUUCAAACAUCCUCCACACAAUUGCCCACUAUAGUGUUCAGAAAGAUAGCCGUCAUCAGUAGCGACCAUUCACUGGGAUAUCUUGGGUCAUCUACGUCAAUCCACCCACUGGGUGAUGAUGGGCCAUUGUGUUGUAGCAUAGGGUAAGAAUUAUUGUGCAAUUAUUGUUUGCACAAGUUGGAUCUCAUUAACACGAGAGGAAAAAUCGUUCCAAAAGACAUCCCUCACCACUACCAUCAUGCCAUCAGCCAAUGACUGGCUCAACCUACCCUCUUACACAUAGAUGGUUUGUAUUGGGCGAUGAUGAGCCAUUGAGUUGAGGGGCAUUUAGAUCGGUCAAAACGUUUAACUUUUAAGACUGAUAAGAAAAAUCACAUUGACCAUCCAAAUUUUUCUCCAAUCUUAUGAUGCUUAUGCUUCAGGGCUUGGGAUAGCUGGUCAAAUUUCAAAAACGUGGCCAACUUCAAACGUCCUCUAGACAAUUGCCCACUAUAGUAUUAGUGACAGUCCCUGGAAUAUCUACGCCCCUCCAAACGUGGGUCGAAUUUCUAAAACCUGGUCAAUUUUCAAACGUCCUUUACACAAUGGCCCACUAGUAUUCAUAAAGGUGGACAUCUUCAGUAAUAACUAGUCCCUGGGAUAUCUUGGGCAUCUGCCCCAUCUAACACCGGUCGACGAUGAGCCAUUGCGUAGAGAGCCAUUUCGAUCUGUCAAAAGCUUUAACUUUUAAUUUGAUAAGAAAAUUCACACUAACUGUCCAAAUAUUUCCGUCAAUAUUAUGACCCUUAUGCUAUAGAGCUUCGGCAUCCUGGUUGAAUUUAUAAAACCUGGUCCAUCUUUCAUAUGUCCUCUUCCCAAUGGCCCACUAUACUGUUCUUAAAGAUGGACGUCAUCAGUCCCAGGAAUAUCUUGGGCCGUCUGCCCCAUCUAACACCGGUCGACAAUGAGCCAUUGUGUAGAGGGGCUUUUUAUAUCUGUCAAAACUUUAAACUUUUAAAACUGAUAAGAAAAAUCACAUUGACCAUCCAAAUUUUCCUCCAAUCUUAUGAUGAAUAGCUACAGAGCUUCGACACCCUGGUUAAAUUUCUAAAACCUGAUCCAUCUUUAAAUGUGCUCUACACAAUGGCCCACUAUAGUGUACAUAAAGAUGACGUCAUCAGCAGUGACCAGUCCUUGGGAUAUCUUCGUCCAUCCAAACACUGGUCGUUGAUGAGCCAUUGUGUAAAGGGCCAUUUCGAUCUGUCAAAAGCUUUAACUUUUAAUAUAAUACGAAAAAUCACACUGCCGGUCGAAAUUUUUCCUCCAAUCUUAUGAUCCUUAUGCUACAGAGCUUCAGUAUCCUGGUUGAAUUUCUAAAACCUCCUUCAUCUAUUUCAAAUCUGACAAAAUCUCAUCAUUUUAAAGAGUGUAAAUAAUGUUUAUGAAUAAUUUUCUAAAUGUUACCCGAUUAUCAAUAUCAAGAUGUCUAUGCUCAUGUUAUUUUCAGUAAUAACAUUCACUCGACAUUAUUAUUGGCCAACACUGAAAUAAUUACAAAGAUCUGGUUGAGGUAUGAUGUACAAUGUUGUUCAGAAGGGAUUGUUUACAGUCUGGACUAGGCUUAAUAGAAACAGUGUGGAAGUCAUCAUACUUUAAAGUAAAAGAAAAUUGUAAAGUUAUAGAAUAUCCAUUAAGACGACUCAUCAUCCUCAGAUUAUUAACCUUGCUGGCACAUAAUGGCAAACUUUAAUAAGAUAAUCCAACAAAUAAAGGAAAACGAUUUAAAAACCGCUUCAUUAACUAAGGAAAUAAAAGAAAUGGAAGCCCAAAUUAAGUCUUUGGAAAGUGAAAGGGUUCAAAUAGCUUCUAGUGAAAAUGAACUUGUUCAAAAUAUGCAUUAUAAAAAUCAACUGGUCGACAAUAAAAUGUGCGAGAGGAAAUUGAUGCAAAAUCAGCUGGACGCACUUCUCAAAAUGGUCGAAGCGGCUGAGGAAAAUUUGGAAACGCAGGCAGCUAAAUUGGAAACCACCCAGCAUCAGUUGUGGGAUAUCAGAAUUAAUUUUUCAAAAGAUAUAAAUGAAUUUCUAUCUCGCCACGAAUGCCUGAUCGAAAAUAAAAAUAAAAUAAAGGAAUUGGCAAAAAGAAGAAAAGCUGCAAAGCUUAUGAAAGAAGAGAUAAGGCAACUUGAGCAUAGCGUUUCUUCACUUGAAGCAGAAUUCAGGCACCAAAAGAGUCAACUAGAUAUUAUCGAACACCUUAAAAUGGACAAACACGUAUUACAAAAUGAACCAGAAAAUGGUGGAGAGUACAAAAGAUUAAAAAAUAAAAUUGAAGUUUACCAGAAGGAAUUGGACAAGUACAGUUCUUUAAAAACCGAUGAGCAGAAUUUUUCCCAAUACUUGGACCCUGAUUUAUUCGGGCCGCAAAUAUCCAUCACAAGCAUUUCAGCGGCUGCCUCCCAGGAACUAGAUAAGAAAACUUCAACUCGGAGAGUAAAUUCAGAAAGCAAACAUAGCCAGAGUGUUUUCAUUAUGAAGGUGCCAAGCAAUAUUGUCAACAAGAAUAUAAAAUGAUUGCUGUGCGCAUUCGAUGUAAAAUUGGCUGAAUUGUUAAUUUGAAAAUAAAAGGCAUUUUUUUCUUUAAAAGAGUUUAUUUUGUA